GAUACGUCGAAUUCAGCUACGCUAUUCACGUAGCUGAAUUUGCGUAUCUUAAAUCGACUCCCCCCUGUAGUGUAGAUGUACCCUGAGUCCUGAUGUUUGAACAAUACCAGGGGCUGCAGGAACAGACUUAGAGCUACAUGUCGAUCAUCUUCAAUUCUGAUAACAACAGCAGGUUAGAGAAUGGUGGUGGGCUCACUUGCUUCUCGUUGGAGGAUAAGAGUCAGAGCCUGGUAUAGAGUUGUUCAGCUGUUGUUUGUUAGACUCUGUGGUGGGAACACCUCUGCCUGCAGAAACUUUGCUAAGUAAAGCCUGCAGGCUCUGUACAUAGCUCGUUGGCUUUUCACCCACAUCCUUUUUGGUACCAAGGAGCCUUGCAAAUGAUUCAUCCCAUCUUCAGCCUUUCCAAGAGGAGAUCCCACUGCCCCAGGUAUACAUUAUAGCCAUUACAAAUAUUAUUUAUUUUACUGCACCCCAACGUGUGCCAGGCACCUCCUGGACCCUGUGAACUGCUACCCCCUGAACAGCAGUGGUUACUGUUACAGAUCUUGAGAGGCACCAUAGCCAAGACCCUGGCAGAAAGCUAUGGUGGUAGAAAGGGAAGUAUCCUGCAAUAUUAUCAGUACAGCUGGAUUUAACAUGAGCAGCUCUUUCCUUUUCCAGGUGUGUGACUGUAGUAGCCUUGGUCAUAUGGAUGGUGCCCUCUAACACUACAGCUCUCCCUAUUGUGCUGUAUCAGGGCUGGUACUAGAAUCACUGCCAUCCAUCUAAUCUGUAGAAUUGCUAAGGUGCUUGUCUCAGGUAUCUCAGCUCUGACCUCCUGUCUCUCACCUGCAUUCACUCUUCCAUUGAUACGUGGAGGGUGCCUGAGUCCUAAGCAACCCAUCCCCUGAACUGCAAUAUCCAGUUAGUCUUUAUUCUGGGCAAGCGACUUUGAAAGGCAGCAAUCUCUUGGUUGUGAGAGUUGUAUGUACCUGUAGCCAACCUGGUUUGGUAAAGACUGGAAUCCUUAGUGUGACAGCUGUCUGAUGGCCAAUGUCAAACCUGAAAAGACAACACCAGCAUAUUCCUGUGAAUUACUGGGGGUUGCACUGAAAUAGCCAGAACUUCUGAGCACAGAGACAUUAGAAAUAUUAGACUUGCUGCUGAUUUGUCUUUACUCUUACUGAAGUCUGGUUGGUCUUAUGAUCAGAGCUGCUCCAGCCACUGCUAGGGUUGAGCCCUGGGGUUUCAGAGAGGUAAAAAAACCUGCUCUGGACUCUGGAAGAAGAAAACUUGACCUGGAUAUCUGCCAGCCUGGAAUGGACCCUGUGGAGCAGAUUUUACUCUUUUACGUCAAUGUAACUGAGGGCAGAUGCUGGCUUCACAUCUCCUCCUUGAAUAUAAGUACUUCAGUCCCAUGCCAUGAACAAUAGCCCCUUGCUCGAACAGUCCUUGGAGCUGUCUUGGAGAACACUUCUAUGGGGCAUUCAUUCCAGGAUAGGCACAGGGCCCAAUUUCUCAAAGGUAUUUAGGCACUUAACUCCCAUUGACUUUGGUGCCUAAAUACUUUUGAGGGUCUAGCCAGGGGUUUGCAAAGCUAGCUCCGUUAGGGCCCUGUUUCAGCCCCUCCCUAGCCUUGGCAGCAGCUCUCCAUUUCAAAGUGCUUUACCGUUCGUGGAUGAUUCAUUUGUGAAGUUCCUGACGUGGGGGCGUCACCUUGGGUCUCAGAGCUGUAGAUGAAUGGGAAUCGUACAUUUUAGAAUAUUUAGCAAAGGAUAAUGCAAAACCCAGAAAAACAUAUAGAGACAGCAGGAGAAAUGCAAUUCCCUCUGGGAAGUUAUUGAUCUUUUAGGGCUUGAGAAGAAAGAGCUCUUUCAAUGCACUUGUAUUGCCCUGUACACGUACCUUGCUGUGCCUCCAGCUUCCCUCUCUGUCCCUGAUGGGUUAUAACACAGAAUUGCCACGCACAAUCCUGUAUGGUCCAUGGCCCUUUGCAGGGCUCAGGAUCUGCAGCACGUCCUUUCGAAGCCGGGUUCCUGAAUCAGUGCCUUGAGCUGCCCAGCUCUCUGGAAAAGGCUGACAGGGAGGCCUCAGCCCACGAGGCUAUAAAAAGCGCUCCAUACACAAUCAGGGGAGGACAGGCUUACAAACCCAAGUAUGUUGCUCUCAGCUUUGGCCAAACAUUUCUGAUAACCACAGCCAGGCGAGGGCUGUAAUUUCCCUGUUUUAUAUAUAGAGGGAGAUGGAGCUGUGCCUCAGGCAGAGACUAUAAAAAGGACCUGCCCUGCACUGGCUCCCCUUACAGGCUGCUACCACAGGAGAGCUGAGGAUUUCGCCUUCCAGGACCAUGGACACGUCUUACCCUCGUGAGGACUACCUGCCCAUGACGUCCCGCAAGCAGGACACUUCUCCCACCGUCAUCACCAUCGGACCCUCCGUAGUGCCCCGGGACCACCUGAUCUGGUCCAUCUUCAACACCAUCUACAUGAACCUCUGUUGUUUUGGCUUAGUGGCUCUUGCCUACUCCGUCAAGGCACGGGAUCAGAAGGUGGCUGGUGACAUCGAGGCCGCUCGCCGCUUCAGCUCCAAAGCCAAAUGCUAUAACAUCCUGGCGAUGGUGUGGAGCCUGCUGCUGCCACUGCUGCUCAUUGCCCUGGUGAUCACAGGUGUGAUCCACCUCUCCAAGCUCGCUCAGGAAUCGAUGGACUUCUUCAACUACAAGUUGUUCGCUAACGACGAUGACGGAAAGUGAUCCAGGGGCCUUGCGGGCUCCUGGAAACACAUGUGGGCCACUCUGGUAGCCUCCUAAAAACACUGCUAAUCCAGUAUAACCCAGAAAACCAAACCACCGCACAUUGCAACCUCUGUUGUUGUAACCCAAAGCAACCAAUGCCUCACACCAACUACAAAGCACCACUGAGGUAUUCAUGUGCCCCGGAACUCAUUUCACAGCUUGCCCUUUGAUGUGGUCUGAGGUGUGAAAAUAGUUCCUUUUGCAUCCUGGUAGUUUGCAUGGACUCGUGCUCAAGAUAGCUGAGUCUGUGCACUGUGGUUCCUCUCCUCCUUUCCUUCUCCUUUGGUCUUUAUUUGUCCUGGGAUCUUGGCUAUGGGGUGUUAUCGACUUCCCUUGGAACCCUAUUCUUUUGUUACUGUGUCUAACGCUGGCUGCGCCAUUAGUCUAACCUUGGUUGUUACUAUUUAAGUGAUUAAAUAACUUCACAAAUCACAA